AUGGGUUUAAAGGAAAAUGAUGAAGAUCGGAGUCCCUUCCAGUGCUUGCUAGAUGCGGCUGCCUUGGUAGAGAGGUUGGACGAAGAAACGAUGAGACUGAAACUGAAACAAGGGUUGAACAAAAUUGACGACAACAACUCGUCUGGCGUUGAUACCCGACCCACAAACUAUACAACUGUGAGAAUAUUUGGAACUGAUGUUAUAAUUGCUGCCAUCGACGAAGACGUGAUUACGAACCAGCCUCCAGCUGGUUCUUCAAAGAAACGAAAAGAAAGGGUUGAGUCAAGUAGAGCAAAGCAGCCGAUGCCGAAACAGAAAAGGAAAAAGCUCAAGCACGAGGCUACUUUUGGGGCUCAACCCUGUUUGCCCCAAAGGUUCAAAGAGAUGAUCAAAUGCAUGGAUGGAAGCGACGAGAAACUAAUUAUACAAAAGGCACUCUACAAAACUGAUUUGAGCAAGCACCACGGACGUCUCUCCAUACCCAUGAAUCAAGUCGAGGUCGAGUUUCUUACAGAUGAAGAGCUGAAACAAAGCAGCAAGGAGGGGAUAGAAGCAUUGGUGAUUGAGCCAUGUUUGAAAACCAGGGACAUGAGUUUGAGAAUAUGGGACAUGCCAAAGCCAACAGGCCGUUUCAGCUCCCUCUAUGUCUUAGUAACUGGGUGGAAAUCCGUGGUAGAAGGUAAUGACUUGAAGGUAGGUGAUGUGAUUCAAGUGUGA